CUGAGUCCCGGGGGCUGGAGCGCAGGAUGGCGGCGGUUGGUGCUGCUGCUGCUGCUUCGGCGGCUGAGGCCGAGUCGUCGGACAGUGAGCCGGAGCAGGAGCACGGGUCCCCGCAGAAACUCAUUCGGAAGGUCUCCACGUCCGGUCAGAUCCGGAGCAAGACGAUUUUAAAAGAGGGAAAGUUAAUGAAACAGACGAAUUUCCAGCGCUGGAAGAGACGUUAUUUUAAACUGCGGGGAAGAACACUGUACUACGCUCAGACGGCCAAGUCAAUUAUUUUUGAUGAAGUGGAUCUGACAGACGCCAGCGUAGCGGAAUCCAGCACCAAGAAUGUUAACAACAGCUUCACUGUAAUCACUCCGUGUCGUCGGCUGAUUCUGUGUGCGGAAAACAGGAAAGAAAUGGAGGAAUGGAUCGCAGCACUGAAGAGUGUUCAGAACAGAGAACACUUUGAGUCCACUCAGUUCAGUAUGGAUCAUUUCUCUGGGAUGCAUAACUGGUACGCCUGUUCACACGCUCGCCCCACGUACUGUAACGUCUGCCGGGAGGCGCUGUCUGGAGUCACCUCUCACGGACUGUCCUGCGAAGUGUGCAAGUUCAAGGCUCACAAGCGUUGUGCGGUCAGAGCCACUAAUAACUGCAAAUGGACGACUCUGGCCUCCAUCGGCAAAGACAUACUGGAGGAUGAGGAUGGGAUCUCGAUGCCUCACCAGUGGCUGGAGGGGAAUCUGCCCGUCAGUGCCAAAUGCACUGUGUGCGAUAAAACCUGCGGCAGCGUUUUGAGACUUCAGGACUGGCGCUGUUUGUGGUGUAAAGCUAUGGUGCAUGCUGGGUGCAAAGACCAGCUCUCUUCUAAGUGUCCGUUGGGUCAGUGUAAAGUCUCCGUGAUUCCACCCACUGCCCUCAACAGCAUCGACUCGGACGGGUUUUGGAAGGCGACGUGUCCUCCGACCUGCACCAGCCCGUUGUUGGUGUUCGUGAACAGUAAAAGUGGAGAUAAUCAGGGCGUGAAGUUUCUACGGCGGUUCAAACAGCUGUUGAACCCUGCACAAGUGUUUGAUCUGAUGAAUGGAGGGCCACAUCUGGGCUUGCGUCUGUUUCAGAAGUUCGACACAUUUCGUAUUCUGGUGUGUGGAGGAGACGGCAGUGUCGGAUGGGUUUUAUCAGAGAUAGAUGCUCUGACGUUACACAAACAGUGCCAGCUGGGCGUGCUUCCGCUGGGAACAGGAAAUGACCUGGCCAGAGUUUUGGGGUGGGGCUCGGCGUGUGAUGACGACACACAGUUACCGCAGAUCCUGGAAAAACUGGAGAGAGCCAGUACCAAGAUGCUUGACAGAUGGAGUAUUAUGGUAUAUGAGACCAAGUUACCACGGCAACACUCCAGCUCCACGGUAACCGAGGACUGCAGUGAGGACUCAGAGGUGCAGCACAUUCUGACCUAUGAAGACUCCGUUGCUGCUCAUCUCUCCAAAAUCUUGACGUCCGAUCAGCACUCUGUGGUCAUUUCCUCUGCCAAAGUUUUGUGUGAGACGGUAAAGGACUUUGUUGCGAAAGUGGGACGUGCAUACGAGAAGAACACAGAAAAUUCAGAAGAAUCAGAGGCCAUGGCUAAAAAGUGUUGUGUGCUUAAAGAAAAGUUGGACUCAUUACUGAAGACGCUUAACGAGGAAGCCCAGGCCACCAGUGUGAUGACUGCGCCUCCGCCCACCAUCGCAGAGGAGCAGGUUGAUGGGGAGGGUGUGGUGUUGGCUCCGCCCACUGCCCCGCCCACAGUCACAGCUCCUUGUUCUCCUCGACCGCCUGCCGCCAUCUUCAAACCUCGUGAGCAGCUGAUGUUACGCGCCAACAGCCUGAAGAAAGCCAUCAGACAAAUCAUAGAGCACACGGAGAAAGCGGUGGAUGAACAGAACGCUCAAACGGAGGAAGGUUUGCCCUCACUGCCUGCGGAGGAUGAAGAUGAGGAUGAUGAUGCUGAGCGAUCAUCUCUGCUGUCAUACAGCAACAGAACGCGAGCCAGCAGAAGAGUGUCUAAGACUCCAUGUGAGAAGCUCAUCAGUAAAGAACGCCUAUCCAUAGGCAGCUCCGCCUCACUUCCUGCACAGACAGGAAGUAGGGAGAACAUGCCCAUGCUGAACACCAAGAUCCUCUACCCAAGUCUCAGGGCGGGUGUGUCGGGCUCUUUCAGCGGGUCAGUGAUCAGCAGGCUGUUGGUCAACGCCGACCCGUUCAGCUGUGAUCCAGAGAACCUGGAUCUGUACACAGAGAAAUGUGUGAUGAAUAAUUAUUUUGGAAUCGGUCUGGACGCCAAAAUCUCUCUGGACUUCAACAAUAAACGCGAUGAGCAUCCGGAGAAAUGCAGGAGUCGGACUAAGAACAUGAUGUGGUACGGAGUCCUGGGAACCAGAGAACUUCUGCACAGAACAUACAAGAACCUGGAACAGAGAGUUCUGCUGGAGUGUGACGGCAGGCCGAUCCCUCUUCCCAGUCUCCAAGGAAUCGCUGUGUUGAAUAUUCCCAGUUACGCAGGAGGAACAAACUUCUGGGGCGGAACUAAAGAGGACGACACGUUCACGGCGCCGUCGUUUGACGAUAAGAUCCUGGAGGUGGUGGCUGUGUUCGGCAGCAUGCAGAUGGCUGUUUCUAGAGUUAUUAAUCUACAGCACCACCGUAUCGCACAGUGUCGGACAGUGAAGAUCACGAUUCUGGGAGAUGAAGGUGUACCUGUGCAGGUGGACGGAGAGGCCUGGAUCCAACCGCCGGGAUACAUUCGGAUCCACCACAAGAACCGCACACAAACCCUCACCAGAGACCGGGCGUUCGAAAACACUCUGAAGUCGUGGGAGGAUAAACAGAGAGGGGAGAUUCCUCGGCUGGUCUCCCAGCAUGCAUCGCAGCCGGAGAUCGUGUCUGAAGAGGAAACCACUCAGAUCAGCCUGUUCGGACAGGCGGCCGGGGCGCUGAUACACAGUAUCAGGGAAGUGGCAGAGUCUCAUCACACCAUCGAGCAGGAAUUGGCUCACGCGGUCAACGCCAGCUCUAAAGCCAUGGACCUGGUGUACGCCAACUCCAAAAGCAGCGGGGGUUUGACCUGUAACGUUGUGAUGGAGAUGGUCAGUAACGUCAAAGCUCUGCACAGCGAGACCGAACUGCUGCUCACGGGAAAGAUGUGCCUGCAGUUGGAUCCUCCUCAGAGAGAUCAGCUCAGUGGUGCGCUGGCUUCUGUCACUCAAGAGUUACGCAGACUGACGGACAUCAGCUGGCUCGGUCAGCUCAUCGACCCGGCCGACGACGAGGGUCAGCUGUCUGAUUUCUCCAAGCGGAGUCGCAGUGCAAAAUUUCGCCUUGUGCCCAAAUUCAAGAAAGACAAAAACAACAAAAAUAAAGAGACGUGCGCCGCCCUCAACAUGCCAGUGAACACGUGGGGUGUGGAUGAGGUGGCCGUCUGGUUGGAGAUGCUCUGUCUGGCGGAGUACAAGGAGAUCUUCAUCAGACAUGACAUCAGAGGACCAGAGCUGCUUCAGCUGGAGAGGAGAGACCUGAAGGACCUGGGCGUGGCUAAAGUCGGCCAUAUGAAGCGGAUCCUGCAGGGAAUCAGGGAUUUGAGUCGAAACAGCACAGCCAGCGAAGCCUAGACUCUCCGCAGCCAAUCAGAUGCCUCGUUCGGACGUGACGUAGCUUCACCCAGCCAAUCAAACGCUCAGUCACGCCUGAAACCAGCCAUACUCCGCCCACCUCCUCAUGAGGACCAACGGCGACUCGACUCGACCAAUCACAGUGUGCCUUCUGUUCUCCACCUUUGUGACAUCAUCGCUUUGGGGAACACUAUUUUACUACCUACGAGGGGGAGAUUUAUCAAGAGCCAUCAGAGUGUCGUACCAAUUUCACAGAAGGGGUGGAUGGAGACUGUCCACAUGACCAAUUCGACCAAAUGAAAAUUCAACUUUUGAAGACAACAUGGAAUCAAACUUUCACUUCCUUAAAGAAAGAAAUGUUUGUCGUCUUAAUCUAUCAAUGUUGACUAACUUUGUCCACCUCGGAAACAACUUCUCAUUUCUGCUGAUGUCAUCAAGGCCCCGUGGGCAGGGAAAAUCUCAUAGCCCAUGGGAAUCCAAUCAAAUCCCAAAUAGAUAACAUUAAGUCCCACCCUACAUUAUUUUCAGUUUCAUUUUGAAGAGUCACUUUUCAGAAUGCGGUCUUAAAGCUUUUUGGCUCUGUUCAAAACCUAGUGAGCUGCCUUUCCGCCUACAACAUAGACAGCUGCCUUCUUAGGGCACGAGAGACUCUCAAAUGAUUUCCAGUGAGUUUGAUCCUCCGAUAAGCAUAAAAUACACAACAUAUGUAAAAUAGAGUAUAAUAUUUGGUAAAAAACUUUUACAUUUAUAAGCGACUUUCAUCAUAAGCGACUUACAUUGCAUUCAAGGUAUACCUCAAGUUAAUAUUUUUGAUGAUCAGCAUCAUUCGCUAAUGCUAUUCCCUCCAGGAAUACAAAACUGGAAUGAGAGGUAGAGUUGUGUCUCAUCAGCAUAGCAGUGAUAGAAAAAAAACAUGUUUCUGAAUGACCAAGUGAUGACAUGUAAAUGAAGAAGAGAAUCGGUCCAAGCACCGAGCCCUGAGGCACUCCAGUAUCUAGAUGUUGCGACUUAGACGCCUCACCCCUCCACCACACCCUGAAGGAUGACUAUUUUCAUUGAUUAAUUCCUGUAUUGAAUGAAUCAACGUUUCUCUGUCUUUGUCCACUUCAUCAUACAUGUGAUGCUACCUGUGGAUUUGGCUUAAAGAAGGUAGUUCAAAACAGUCAGGAGUGCCUUAAGAUGCUGUCUAUACAGGCAGCUCACUAGGUUUGAGCUUUUGAGAACGGAAAUGCACCAACACACAGGCAAAAAAGCAUCAUGAGAACUUCAACAUGUUGUGGUGACAAUCAAUCAGACUCUUCAUCCUCUUCCUGGAUGCCUUAACGUUCACAUAUCAGCCUGAAAUCUCUAUCUGCUCUGUCUGAAUCUACAAACCAUCUGAUCCCGGAAUGAUCCGGACAUGCCAACCAGAAACCAAUGAGCGGUUUCAGACCAAAUGUUUGGUUUGAAAAAGCUGCUGUUGAUGGAAACAUUUAAUAGACUACAUAGUUACAGGGAUAGUUCACCCAAAAAUGAAAAUGUGAUGUUUAUCUGCUUACCCCCAGGGCAUCCAAGAUGUAGGUGACUUUGUUUCUUCAGUAGAACACAAAUGAUGAUUUUUAACU